AUGGAAUCCACGUGUGAGGAACUGGAUCUGCCACCGCAUGUGUACUAUGAUCAGCUGGAGGAGGCCCUACUGCUGAAUGCACUACGCAACAUUGCCAGAGGCUGCGAAGUGUCAGUGCCACCCAGCCUUUCUCUUGCGGCGGUCAAUGAUAUACUUGAUAUGGCCAAACACAUUUUGCCGACACCUGAAUAUCAGCAAUUGAUGGCCUACUCGGUUGAGCUUGGGGAGCAAGUUGCGGGACGCAUCUCAGCCGCUUUCCCACACCCUUUGACAGAAGGGGCUGCCUCCGAUGCCGAGGCCGAGAAGGUUCAUUAUUUGCGCAUGGGUACAGGCUCGCUUUGGAAUGCUGUCAGACAUGUCAUUUCGUUGCUGCCGUUUGAACUGGUACAACGACGCCACCAGCGAGAAGGACAAAGACAGUUCGUUUGUGGGGCGUAUGGGCACCACUCCUUAGUGGGACUAUAUAGAAAUACUGCCCCUUACCAGUCGGCAAUCCUGCUUAUCAAUACGCUGCUGUGCUCCAUCUGCCCAACGCACAUAUGGUCCACGGUAGUUAUCACCCUGGAUAAUGUGGCAGAACUGCAUGUAGACAGGCAAAACGCGCCGCAACGGGCGCUGGUGCUUGGGAUCUCGCACUUUGAGGGGGGACGCCUUUGGCUACAAAACCUGGGAGCCAUGUUCCAGUCCCAAUCCGGAGCUGGACCCAUGCAGACUGCAGCCACCGGUAACUUCUACGACUUGAGUGCCAGAGCUUACCUCAUACCAACCCACUGUCGCCUACAUGCUACCGAACCCGGCUUCCUAGGCAAUCGGUUUGUGGUCAUCGCCUAUCUGGUGGGACAGCAUGCUAGCCUGUCACAAGUGCACACGCAUGCACUGUCGGAUAUGGGCUUCUGCUUGCCGGCUUACAGGAACACAAGACCUGAUGCCGGGACAGCUGCAGAUGACACAUUAGAUAUCGAGGUAGUGGACUAG